GGGCCAUCGUACGCAUUUUCGAUAUCGCCGUCGUUAAUUGCGAUCGCGCGUAUCAUCCGUGUGCGGAUAAAACCCGGCAAAAUCGAAUCCCAAACGCGAAUUUCCACGCGAACGAAACUUGUUGGGAAGAUGAUGCUGAUCGGAGUCGCACUGCUCGCCGCGCUGACCAGAACAGCCCUGUCGGAGCUGCCUCCCGGAGUGACAUCAUGUUCACGAACGCUCAGCUCGUCGGAGUACGACAAAUGCGUGCUGAAACAGCUUCAAGCGCUCACGCCAUAUCUCACCAAGGGGGUGCCGUCUUUGAAAUUGCCGGCGUUGGAUCCGCUUUAUCUGCCGUCGCUGACCGUGGACAGGAAUUUGGAGUCGUUGAAACUUAAGGCCAACAUGAGUCAGAUUCGCGUUUACGGCGGCACGAAUUACGUGGUGCGCGAACUAAAAGCGAAUCCAAACGAUCUUACCGUUUCCAUCAAGGUUACGAUGCCGCACAUCCACGUGAACGGCGAGUACGACGUUCAGGGAAGACUGCUGUUGCUGCCUCUGAGCGGACUCGGCAGUUUCAAAGGGAAUUUUACCGACACCGAAGCCCAAGUAAACGCUCAUGCCAAAGAAGUAACCGACAAAAAUGGCGUGCAGAGGCUCGAGAUUGACACAUUGGACACCAAUAUCCGCGUCGGCGACGGAAAUAUUAAACUUAAGGCGCCCCCUACUCACACGUUAGCCGCCGAAGCUGCUGCAACAUUCUUCAAUUCGAAUCCUCGUCUAGUCCUGGACAUAGCCAGACCGAUUAUCGAGGACACGGCCGCAACUGUGAGCAAAGCUCUGGCCGCCAGAGCUCUCGGUGUUCUCACCAAACAGGAACUCAUUUCCUAGGUGAAUAGAGUACGUCGAAGUUUCAAGCGAGCUUCGUUCAAGCGAGAACAAGUAGAUGUUAGUAAAUGUAGCGUUCGUACAUUUUUUUUUAAUCGUGAUAUUAUAUUUUUUCACCUGCUAGUCGGUGAAGCAUAUAGGAUUGUUGUUUUUUUUUAUAUAUUUCCAAAGAAGAUGUUUUACUUAAUUAUCAAUUCGCACGCGUGUGCUAUUCGAGAAGAACGUGUCGCUUGUAUUGAUUUUUCGACUUUGGGUAACAAAUGAAAUAUUUAUUCAUUUCCAAUACAGAAAUUUUCAUUACGUAAAAUAUCUUUGGGGAAACAACGACAACAACAACAAUUUUUACAUGCACCUAUACAGGGUGUCCGGUUACGAUAUAAUAAUCAUAUCUCGAGAGUAGAUAUAGAACGGGUUAUGCUAAGUCGAAAAGUUUUUUACUUCGCAGGUUUUGUAACAAUCAAUGAGUUAUUAAUAUUUAUAAAGAUUCGUCAAUGAGCGCGUGUUUGCCGUUAAGAUACAGCGUUUCGAUACUAGACACGUUGCGAUAUAGUGAAAGAAAUUUGAUUUUUAAUCAAAAAUAAAUAAUUAAUAAUAACUUUAAUCGACAAAAUGCUUCCGCGUUUUUAAAAAAUCAAAAUUAUUAUUAAUAAUUGUUUAAAUUAUUGUUAAUUGCUGUUUAUAGAGUAUUAUUUUAGUCGCCGUCGCCAACUGUGAGCGUGCGAAACGGGUUGUUUCUUCGUGGCGGACACGCACACACACACAUACGCUUGUUUUGCGAACUUUGAUAAAUCAGUAACUCAUUAAAUUUGACAAAACCUGCAAAAUAAUAAAAGAUCUUUCGACUUAGUCAAAACAACUCGCCCUAUCUGUCUACGACAAGUGUUAACCAGAUAUCCUGUAUACAUUUAUAUAUAGUACAUAUAUAUAUAUCUAUAUGUAUAUAUACAUGAUUUUUUACCUAUAUGUUUUUCUACUUACAAGUUAUAUAGACUGCAAAUUAAGUACUGUUCAUUCUUGUUUAUUGUAUUUGACAAAUCGUUGUUCAUAUUUUAUGCGUAUUUUGUUGUUUUAGGUAAUUUUAAUACGUGCAAUAAAAAAAUUGUAUAAUUUA